AUGGCGAAGCGCGUGUACCAAGUCUGGAAAGGGAGUAAUAAGUUUAUCCUUGGAGGAAGGCUAAUAUUUGGGCCUGAUGCUAGAUCACUUCUUGUGACUAUAUCACUGAUCACUGUUCCCGUUAUAAUAUUUUGUGCAUUUGUUGCAAGGAAUCUUGUGCAUGAAUUUAAGUCAUAUAAUGCUGGAUAUGCAGUUCUGGUGGUAGCUGUUGUGUUUACAAUCCACGUUUUGGUGCUGCUUUUUCUCACUUCCUCUCGGGACCCGGGUAUAAUUCCACGAAACUCACAUCCCCCAGAAGAGGAAAUUCCUUAUGCGUCUUCUUUAUCACUUGAGCAUGGGGGAAGACAAACACCAGGCCGACAAUUUCCUCGAACAAAAGAAGUUAUAGUCAAUGGUGUUGCUGUGAGGGUGAAAUACUGUGACACAUGUAUGCUCUACCGUCCUCCUCGUUGCUCCCAUUGUUCUAUUUGCAACAAUUGCGUUCAAAAAUUUGAUCACCAUUGCCCGUGGGUUGGCCAAUGCAUUGGUCUUCGUAAUUAUCGCUACUUCUUUAUGUUUGUGUCGUCUUCAACUCUUCUUUGCAUCUACAUAUUUGCAAUGUCAGCCUUUUACAUUAAAGUUCUGAUGGAGGAAAAUAGCAGCACUGUCUGGAAGGCAAUGAAGGAGUCCCCUGCAUCAGUUAUUCUAAUGGCCUACUGUUUCAUCUCUCUGUGGUUCGUCGGUGGACUCACAGGCUUCCAUUUGUACCUUAUAGGCACGAACCAGACCACCUAUGAAAAUUUCCGGUACCGAGCUGACAGCAGGUCAAAUGUCUACAAUCGAGGUUGUCUGAAUAAUUUUCUGGAAGUAUUUUGCUCAAAAGUAGAGCCCUCAAAGAACAAGUUCCGAGCCUUUGUGCAAGAGGAGGUACUGCCACCUCCAGCCCCUCCUUUACGCGGGAUGGGAGCAGCCGAACAAGAUGAUUUGGGCGGGGAUCCACGGUCAAAGGUUGAAGAUGAUCUAGAUAUUGGUGAGGACCUACUGAAGAUUUCCCAGCGACAUAAUAUCGACGACAUUAACGAGGAUAUACGCAGCAGAGGGAGCACUGGUCCUCAGCUUAAUGUCUCAGAGGCUGACUCUAGUUUGGGUUCUGAUCAUCGAGCUCCCACAAUUCGAUCAGAUGCUCGUCACUCAAGUUGGGGUCGCAGAAGCGGAAGCUGGGACAUAGCAUCCGAGGUUCUUGCCAAUGCCAAUGUUACUGAAAGCAAAGCCUAUGCCCCUUCCAAAGAAACUCGUCAGUGACGAGGUUUAUCAUAUCAGCCAUUCCGAAUACAAACCAUGAUUCUAACAAUCAAAUUCAGGUGUCGAAAAGACGCUGGAGAAACGGAAUUUGUUCACUUCAGGCAUUAAGGUAUGCUCUAAUAUUUUGUGGAAAUGCUGCUUCUAAUUGUUGGUUGCUGGAAGAAGG